AUUGAUGAAUUAAGCCUUUUGAUAAUACCAUAAGCGAUGUUUGGAAAAUACUUUCCCACUUCGAUCACUUUUUGGUAUGAUCAAAAUGGUCUUAUCUUUCUUGAAAAAUCACAGCUUGUGUGAGGUAACCGCUAUCCUCCCUACACUCUCAUCACAUGGAUUACCUAUAUCUCAAAGAAUCCGUCCGCUGUUUGGUUUCGUAUCAGAAUUGGGAUUUCUAAAUGCAUGAGUACAACAUGAAGAUAUACAGAAGUCAUUCCAUCCAACAGGAUGGCUAGUACUAGAGAGCCUCUUCGAUGCAAAUUUGAAGUCAGCUCCGGGCCCUGAAACGAUAAAGUAUCAUCGACCCUUCCUUUGGUACGUAGUCAUACCAGGUAGUCAUGGCUACCGGGUUGAUCUCUAUCAUGAUAAGCCUCCUUCUUAUUCAUUUUCUUCACAUUUGAAACACUAUCUGAUCACAUUGAAAUCUUUCCUGUCAGUUAAUCUCGUUGCCUUUAACUGUACAUCUUCAUCGUGCCAGAACAACAUGGAUUCUAAUCAAAAAGGCCUGAUCGAAGCCAUCAAACAGCUGCGUUUAAAACAACCUACUAUAAGCUCCAACGAAAUAUGGGAUUAUCUCGUCAUGAACAAACGUUGGCCGUCGCCACUUGACGAGAUUACAGUGGAGUGUUGUUUGGUAGAACAUUUUGAUUAUCCUUGGGAAGAAACUAUUUUAAUGAGACGCGAUAUAUUGAAUAACCCCGAAUUAUUAGAUCCUAGUUGCGACUGUGUACGUCCUCGCCAAAUGGUGACGGAAGAUGACAUCAAGUAUUACGAAAAUUGCCCGGAGAAAGUCGAUCCAAGGGAAACUAUAUCAGGCCCGCUGUUGAAAAUGAUGUUAAAUACACCAUCCACUAUCAAGAGCUUUCUACCACAAUCCACACCAACUUCUCUAUCAGCCAUGUCUUUCUCCGAUAUGACGGUUGCUCAACGUGCCUACGCGCUCUUCUAUGCCGAAUGGGAUGCAUGGAUGGGACCACCAUCAGGUCAAAUUCAUGCCAAGGUCGAACAUCGCGAUGGUAUGGAGGCCGUGUGUUUCGAAGAUGUCUCCCACUGCGAACACAGAAUGACGUAUUGGACACCAGAAUUCAAAUACAGUUUCGAACAGCACGCUCAAAGAGCUUUACGAUCCCCAUGUAGUAAUUGGCGUUCUAAUUUUAAGUGGCUCAAAUUUGCUUUAAGCCGAACGCAAGAUCCAGACACAAUCAUGAUGGUGAACAGUGUAAGUUAUCCACCUAUUCCACAAUUUCAUCUUUCGUUCUCAAACUAAGUUUUUCUUAGGUUCUCGUGGGACGGCAUGGUCUUAAAUGUCGUCACAUGUCAAAUAUGUUUACAGAAUGGCAUAAUUGGCAUUCCGAAUGGUUCUAUGAAUGCCGUGUUUUACACACUAAAACUGGAGCCAUAGCAUAUGUUACACCCAAAAAGGGGGAUCCGGAGGUAGAAUGGGCAAAAAAUCAUGAGAACGAUUGGUUAGAUCAUUAUCCCCCUCUUGUAGUGGAUAUAGGCAGCAAAUCACCGUCUCUCGAUUCGCAGAAUGAACUGCGAGUUAAGCAAAGAAAGGAAUCUGAGGCGAUGGCCCUACAACGGCGUAUUGCAAGGGCAAAAGAUGUAUGCAGUUGAUUUAGAAAAGCUGCAUUGAUGUUGUAAAGCUGGGGUAACGGGUUUAUUGAUUAUUAUUGUUUGGUUUCAAAUUUCCAUUUUUGUUCUUCACUAUCAUUGUAUUCUUUGCAUAGGUACCUAGUAUCUUUUCCAGAAAGUCCUACACAGGUACAGGUAGAUAGAAACUUUCAUUAAUACUUAAUCUUCAAUCAUGUAAGACC